AUGCGAACGAGCGAAGGUACCAAUCUGGUCGCAACGGCGCUGCACUACCAGUUCAUGGAACUGACCCUCUCCUGGGGACAUACCCUGGUAGACGUGACCGUGCAUGUGGACAACACUGUCGCCGAGAAUAUGAACAACUACUUCAUGGGCAUUUUGGCGGCCAUGGUUGGUCGGGGAAUCAUGAGGACGGUCACGCUCUGCUUCAUGAUGGUUGGCCACACCCACAUCCAGGUCGACCAGAUUUUCUCCUGCUUGGCCAAAGCGGUGGGAGGGGUUGAAAUCUUCACGCGAGAGGAGGUGGGGGACGCCUUUAGACGCGGCUACAAAAAGAUACAAGUAAAAUGCCGGACGCUAGAACACCUCGCCAACUUCAAGGAGCUGGUGGCUCCCGUGACACGACGCAUCCCCAUCAUCACCAACUACCGAGCUUUCAAAAUCUACAAGAAGGGGCCCUCGGUAGUGGUGACGGUAAAAAAGAAGAUGCACCACGAGGACUGGUUAGGCUUCAGUGAAGAUGGCAAGACGGUAGGGAGUCGGGCCGGAUUCAGACCUUGGCGCCUGAUGCACGCACAUGCAGUGUACUUGAAAGCGACCCCGCCCUACGAGCUCAAACUGGUCCAGGAUGAGAUCAUUCACCGGGGAGAUCUGCGCCAACAAGCCUCGUGGGAGAACCUACCAGUCGCCAACGCCGGCGGUUUCCGGCGACGACUCUGA